AUGCGCUUGGCUGAUCCGAGGCUGCUGCGCGUCUACAGCCAGCAUGCUUCCCUCGUCCGCUUCGCCACCAAAAAGAAGUCGCCGGCGACGGUGGGCUUCUCCGGCAAGCUGGACCCGAUGUGCGACAUCAACAAUCAGACAUUCGAGCACAAGGAUGGGGGACGUCGCCAUAGUAUGCUGAAGCCGGACGCGCCGUUGAAGACCUAUCUACACGAAGAUGCCCGCACCCUCUAUCAGAUGCUUCGUCGUGGCCAGCGAGUCUCGAAGCACGGCGAAUGCCUGGGACAGCGUGUGCCGAAAGAUGACUACACCAGCCCCUACGAGUUUAUCACCUACGACGAGGUUGUUGCCCGCUCGGAGGAGAUGGCCGCGGCUCUCCUCUCGUUUGGUAUCAAGCCCGGCCAGGACACCCGCAUCGGCAUCUUUUCGGCAAACCGCCCCGAGUGGUUCCUCGUGGAACACGCGAGCUACGUGCACAACAUGGUCAACGUGCCCGUCUACGCUACGCACGGUCCCGAGGAGUGCCUCUUCAUCGUUAGGCAAUCGGCGAUGCCCUUCAUCCUCUGCGAUACUGUCGACAAGGCCGAGUCGCUGGUUGCGCAAGCCGAUCGGGUGCCAGACUUGAAGGUGAUCGUUGUGUGCGCACCGUUUGACUGCCAGCUCCGCGAGGACGGACAAAAGAGGGGAAUUCAGAUCCUCUCCUUCAGCGAGUUCGAGCAGCGCGGCCACGAUUUCAAAAAGGUCCCGCCCACCCCGCCAAAGCCGGACGACCUGGCCUCGAUCUGUUACACGUCGGGCACCACCGGCGAGCCGAAGGGCGUCCAAAUUUCCCACGGCAAUAUCGCCGCCGUGCACGCCAUCUUUGGCCACUCGAAUAUGACCCAUGAUGACACGGUUCGCUACCUCUCCUACCUACCCGCCGCCCACAUGUUCGAGCGCAUCGGCCAGACGGCCGUCAUGUCCGUCGGGGGCCGCAUCGGCUUUUUCAGUGGCAACGCCCAAGAGGUUCUCGACGACUGCAGGGAAUUCCGCCCCACAUUCCUCAUCACGGUUCCGCGAGUCCUCAACAAAGUCUACAACAAGAUCUACGACCAGCUCCGCUUUUCCAUCCUGAAGCUUGGCGUGUUCAAUGCCGCACUCGCCUACAAGAAGGCUUUGCUUAGUCGGGGCAUCAUUCGCCGUGACACUUGGGCUGAUCGCAUGAUCUUCCACAAGGUCCAAAACCUCUUUGGCGGCCAGCUGACCGGGCUUGUCGUCGGCUCGGCGCAGAUGAAUCCCGAUGUGCUCACUUUCUUCCGUGCGACGCUGGGCUGCGUGUUGCGCGAGGGCUAUGGCCAGACGGAGAGCACGGCCUGUGGCACCGUAACCCUCGAGGGCGACCAUUCGACCGGUCAUGUUGGCCCGCCGGUGACCUCCGUCGAGAUGAAGCUGUUGCCCGUGACGAACCCGGAGAAAGAAGUCGACGCGUCGUGCGGGGAAAUCUGCUUCCGCGGGCCAAUCAUCGCCCAGGGCUACUUCAAGGCUCCCCAGAUCACGGCCGAGACAUUCCUUUCCGAUGGCUGGCUGCGCACCGGGGAUGUCGGGCGCUUCGACGAAUGCGGACGCCUCGUCCUUGUCGAUCGCAUCAAAAAUCUCGUCAAGUUGCCAAAUGGAGAAUUCCUGGUGCCCGAGAAGAUUGAGGGUGUCUAUCAGCAAUCGCCGUUCGUCGAGCAGAUCUAUGUCCAUGGCCAGGGCGAUCGCAACGAGCUCGUGGCUGUCAUCGUGCCCGACAAGGAUUACUUGAUCAACUUCGCCGCCCGCGAGCUGAAGAUCCAGGAGGAGUCUUUCGAAGACUUGUGCACCGACCGGGCCGUGCGCACCGCCGUCGCCAAGGCCCUGCGCGAGCUGGGCCGCGAAAAGGGACUGGCUUCCUUUGAACAGGUGGCCCGCUUCUACUUCACCGAGCAAGCGUUCACCGUCGAGAACGAGAUGCUGACGCCCACCCUCAAGAACAAGCGCCCCAUCAUCGCCAAGAAGCACAAGAUGGAGAUUGACUGGAUGUACACCAAGCUCGAAGUCAACGAGUUCCGCGAGACACACUUU